GACUACAGGAAUGCACUCAUAUCAUCGAUUUUCUGUGCACGCUCUUGACAAUCUGAUGCAUGCUACGGUUCUACUGAAUAAUGGCAACCUCUCCAUCCAAGAAAGAGUUUCAGAUCGGCUGGAUAUGUGCCCUGCCCGUCGAAGCGGCCGCCGCAAUCCAGAUGCUGGAUGAAAACUUUGGUAUUCUCCAGGAGCAAGAAAGAUCCGACACUAACACAUACACCUUGGGUCGGAUCGGUCGCCAUCAUGUCGUAAUCGCGUGCCUGCCAGAUGGGCAAUACGGGACCACGUCGGCCACUGCAGUUUCCAAUAAUAUGAUACGGACCUUUGCAGACUCUCUCCGAAUUGGUUUGAUGGUGGGCAUUGGCGGAGGAGCUCCUUCAGCCGACCAUGACAUUCGCCUGGGAGAUGUCGUGGUUAGUCGCCCUGAAGGCUCUUACGGCGGUGUGAUUCAGCAUGAUAUGAUAAAAAUCAAGAAAGAUGGCGAAGUUCAACGAGUUGGUUCUCUGAACAGCCCGCCAAAGCCCUUACUGAACGCGUUGGCCCAGAUAAGGGCGGCCGAAUUAUAUGAUGACCCUCAGUACCCUGUUUACAUCCAAGGGGCGAUUGAAAAAAAUAAACGGACGCGUAAAACCUUCAGCCGCCCUAACAUCAAAUCCGACCGACUAUUCAAAGCAGAGCACGGUCAUCGUGGAAGUGCAACUUCCUGUGAUCAGUGUCCAGUGGAAUGGGAGGAGGAUCGUAUCCCUCGCGAAGACGGCGAUCCACACACUCAUUAUGGGACGAUUGCAUCGGGGAAUACCCUCGUCAAAGAUGGGACGAUCAGAGAAGCACUUCGCAAAGAAACCGGUGCGUUAUGUUUUGAGAUGGAAGGGGCAGGCUUGAUGGUCGACUUUCCCUGCCUGGUGAUACGUGGCAUAUGUGAUUAUGCCGACUCACACAAGAAUAAACUAUGGCAAGGUUAUGCUGCGCUGACAGCAGCGGCUUUUACAAAAGAGUUGCUAUCUUAUGUUCCUAAGGGUGUAUCUUACGAGAGUUUAGUUGCAGAUAUAUGUCCUCUGCUUGAAGAUAUUAAGGAGGAACAGAGAAAGGCUUUUAACCAGCAAGAAUACCAUCAUCAGCAAAAGAUGGCGCGGAUCUUGACGGAAGACCAACGCCGCUGUCAUCAAGCAUUCAAGACGUCGACUUAUGAAAAGUUCAAGAAUAUCAAUCCAAGCCGAGUGGAAGGAACGUGUGAGUGGGUACUAAACAGCCCCGAGUACCUGCGUUGGUGGAACGCCACAAGCAAUGAUCUCCUGUGGAUCUCAGCUGACCCAGGAUGCGGUAAAUCCGUACUUGCCAAAUCCCUGAUUGAUGGUGUGUUUCCGGCCUCUGACUCGAAUAUUUCUAUCAUGUACUUCUUUUUUAAGGACAAUGAUGAACAGAACAAUCUCGCUACUGCAUUGUGUGCUGUGCUUCAUCAGCUAUUCAGCUUGCAACCCCAACUGUUGUGA